GUCUAAUUUAUCCCUAAACUGGUUUUCAAGGUGGUUUUGCUUUGUAGGCUUGCCACGACAGCGUUUUUCCCCCUUUUUCUUCUCUUCCUCCUCUCAAUUCCCGACUCAGUGCCGCUGCCGCAGGGCGGGUGGCUAGCCGCCGGCCUGCCAGGCCCCGCCAUGCCCUAGUCCCUCCCCCUCCCCACCCGGCCCUAUCUCGCUCGCCGUGCACCGAACAGAGCAGCUCCUGCGCCACUCGACUCAGCCGCGCACCCACGAACAUGGAUCCAUAUAUGUCGCCUCCGACCUCGAAGAAGACGAUGACGAUGGCCCAUCGAGGUCUCAUCACCGUCUACCAACUCAGAGAGCCCGACAACGGCAACAACACCAUCUCCAGGUGGCGCCAGUGACACGCGUUCGAGGCAGAGACUGCCGCCAUCGGCCACGCGCACCACCCCAAGAUCCUGCUCGACGAUGAGCUCCGGGCACACGUGUCCAGGUUUGGGCUUACCUGUCUGGUCGCCGGCGUGCACAAGACGAUGGGCCACUCCAAGAAGCUCGGCAGUGCAGCCUGCGCACUACGCGGCUGGGGGGUGCCAUACGUGGCCCUGGAGCUGCACCCCUGGCGCGACCGCUAAGAGGUGAUCUAGAAUUAUUCCAUCUACAAAUCAACGUUUCCCCACUAAGCCCAAGCAGAGAAAUAUGGCUCCUUUCGCUUUCCGACUUGGCUUUCGUGGCACGUCAUUUGACAGGCCCAUCCACAAUACACUGUCAUCCCGUUCCCGUCCCUGCCGAUCAGAACCCCAAAAGCCAAUCCGCCUAGAACUCUCCUCUUGUUAACCAGAUCACCACUAGCUCCCUUCAUCAUCUUGCAAGUCCUCCGCAGCUCAUCAUUCAUCAACCGGUCUCCUUGUCCGAGACUGACUGACUGACUGAUUGGUUCUGCCAUGUGCUUUCGACGACACAGUGAGUCGUAGCAGCAGCUGGUCUUCGCAGCCACGCGUGACUGAAUUCUGACCCGUCGUUUACGUGCCUCUGGGUAGGCAGGAGGCGACGAGGUCAGCCGGUGGCCAACCGGAGCGCCAUCACCUGACCCACUAUGGCCUAUCCGCAGUAGCAGCUGCUUUUGUUCAGUCUUGUCCCGGUGCAGCGUGCGCGUACAAAAUUCCUUGCCGUGCUGCACCGCCUCGACCCACGGGUCCUUUAACGAGAAUAACCACCGGCGCACAGCUACCCCGGCAGCCUAACGGCCACGGCAGCGACGCCUGGCUCUGAUGCUGCCAUGUCGCUCCUGUAUCCUAUUGCUAGGCCUCCUACUCUCGUGCCUCCACGUGGCCGCCGCCGCGCGGGCUGCGCCGGUGAGCGUGCACCGGCCGGACGGCGGUGCGACGUGGCACUCGUUUAAGCAGCUGCUGGACGCGCGGCGAGGCAGCCGCGUCGCAGGGCUUGGCGAGCUGAAGCGGUACCUGGCGAGGUUCGGGUACAUGCCCAAGUCGGAGCAUGGCCCGACGGACGCGUUCGACGAGCACCUGGAGGUCGCCGUGAGGCGGUACCAGUCCAUGCUCAGCCUGCCGGUCACGGGCCAGCUCGACUCCCCCACGCUCGACCGGAUCAUGGCCCCGCGCUGCGGCGUCGGGGACGACGACCACGGCGUGUCCGUGUCCCUCUCGGCCUCGACGGCGAGCCGGGGCGGCGGCGGCGCGGUCAGCCGGUUCACGUUCUUCAAGGGCGAGCCGCGGUGGACGCAGCCGGACCCGCUCGUGCUGACGUACGCCAUCUCGCCGACGGCCACCGUCGACUACCUGCCGCCCGAGGCCGUGCGCGCCGUGUUCCGGCGCGCGUUCGCGCGGUGGGCGCGGGUCAUCCCAGUGGGCUUCGUCGAGACCGACGACUACAACGCGGCCGACAUCAGGGCGGGGUUCUACGUGGGCAGCCACGGCGACGGCAUCCCCUUCGACGGACCGCUCGGCGUGCUCGGCCACGCCUUCUCCCCGAAGAACGGGCGGCUCCACCUCGACGCCGCGGAGCGGUGGGCGGUGGACAUGGACGCCGAGACGGUGCACUCGGCCAUCGACUUGGAGUCCGUGGCCACGCACGAGAUCGGGCACGUCCUCGGGCUGGGGCACUCAUCGUCGCCGAAAGCUGUCAUGUAUCCGAGCCUCAGGCCACGGGAAAAGAAGGCGGACCUCACCGUGGACGACGUCGAAGGCGUCCAGUGGCUGUACGGGUCCAACCCAGGGUUCAGCCUCAGCUCGCUCUACGCGCAGGACGCCGCCUCCAUGUCGCCGGGGAGGAGCAGUUGGCUUGGUGGCUCGGUUAGCUUUGUUUGUGCAGUCUUGGUCAUACUUGCGACGCACUUGUAGAUAGACAGGUGCCAAUAGGCAAAAGGAUAAGAACAGAAUGAAAAAGGAAAGUGUUAGGUAGCGUGAUUCAGCAGGAGAAAGAAAUAUAUCCUCCUGUUGCUUAGUUCAGCACACCAAACCAUUUGCCAGGAAGAGAAAGAUGCGUUUGUUUCUCUUCUUAUAUGUUGCUUUUGUACAGUGCCGGUGAAAUUGCUGUAAAAUGUCUGAUGAAACUGUACAUAAUUUUAUCAGUCAGACGCAUGGAUGACAUCUACACGA